UGAAACAUGCUAGUACGUGAAGUGUGAACUUGAUCUGUGGCAUCUGCUUAUUCUCUUUUCAGAGGUGCUUCACAGCUAGGAUAAGAUGAUGUGACCUUUCUGUUUGAGGUGAUUCGAUAUUUUGUAGGAAAACUUAUCAGAGUCUAAACGAGUGCUUAAGAUAUGGCUGGACUAUUUCUUGGUCAUGCGUUUAGGACUUCUGGUAGACGCCAGGGCUGUAUGGCCAAUUGACUUCUGAGCUUUUUGCCCAUUUAAUGUGGUUACAAUAAAAAGGCUGACUUUGACAAUUAGUGCAGGGCAUGCCUUUGCUUAACCGUUGGUUUGGGUAUUCUAUAACAAAGUAGCAUUUAAUAUCAGAAAAUGAUACUGAAAAUGAGUUAUGGGUAGACUUCUCAUGUCAAAGUUUUCAACGAGUAAAGAAGUUCUUUUUAAAGCCAAGCUGGUUUUGGUUAGUGAAACAAUCGACACAAAGUAAAACAAAAACAGGUUUGGCUUUUGGUUUCGGGUUGUUGGAAGUGAUUUUUGUUAAUUGUGGUUCUGAUCAGGUGAUCUGUUCUUAGUUGCUGACGAGAGAGACAAAAAGAGUUGAAUAAAGGGCACAGUUUAACAAUAACUUUUAGUGCAGGGCAGCAUAUAAAUGUACUGCACUUCCAAAACACAUGGCAAGAUCAUUGAUCAUCGAAGUAUGACUGCUCAAUGCAAAAUGUAUUGUACCAGGGAGAACAUUAAUAAUUACCGUAUACAUUGGGCAACAUUCCCAAAGUCAAUUCCCGUGACUCCCAAAGUCAGUCACAAGGCAGGAAAUUUUGAAAUAAAAAUAAAAAAUUACUUAAAGUGAUCCAAAGUUUCUACUACUCUUGUUCCUUCCCUUAUCUGUCCAGAUCAGAGGAACUCAACUACCAAAACAAACCCCCCCCCCCCCCCCCCAAAAAAAAAAAGGCCAGCACCACCUUCAGGAUUCUCUCUUUGAGUCUGCCAAAAUUCAAUGGAAGACUACAACAGAUCAAGAUCAUAUGGUAAUGGGAUGAUGCAGCCGGACAUCUAUCAUGGACCACCUAUGCCUUCAGCUUCUUAUGAUCUCAGGUGCUAUAGUGCUUCCUAUGCGCAGUCCCAGAUGGCUAACAACUAUAACACAAGAAACAACAGGAACUUCAAGUUGAAGAAAGGGAAGAGUACUUCUGGCUCAUCUUCUUCGAAGUCAUGGAGCUUUGCUGACCCUGAGUUCCAGAGAAAGAAAAGGGUUGCUGGGUACAAGAUGUAUAGUGUGGAAGGUAAGGUCAAAGGGUCCUUGAGGAGGAGCUUUAGGUGGCUUAAAGAUAAAUACACACAAGUUGUCUAUGGGUGGUGGUGAUUCUGGCAGUUGGUCUUUUGUUUCUUGUUGCUUUUUUCUUUAUAUUUUCUCUUGCUUGUAUUCAAGGUUUUCUGGGAAUAUAUUUACAUGUUAAUUCCUUUCAAAUUCUUGGAGGUCUUUUCUGGCCAAAAAAAAAAAUUGGUGGUCUUAUGAUCAUGAGGCUUUGACCACAUGAUUUCGAGCUUUUUCUUAUAGUCUUAUUCUAUAUAUCCAAUAUUGAUUAUUUCACCAGCUUGGUUACAAAACUUUAGAUUAAAGUUGUUAAUUGACAAUAAGAACUGCCUUUAUUCACUGGGGAAGGGAGGUUUUUUGAGUUGCUUCGAGCAUAGGCUUCUUCCUCAGCUGUUGUUCAAGGAACUUUUGUCAUCAGUAUUGGCUUAAGAGUAAGCAUUUGAUGCUUGAUUGUUCUCGAGCCUUAUUUGAUCAUUUUGAAACUUUUAGGUGUUCUCUGUCAUGCA